GCAAAUGGUAUCAGUUACAUUAUCAACUCCCAACGCAGCUUGCAAUCUUCAAAAGUAAAAUUCUUUCGGAAAAAAGAAAAUAAAUCAAUCAACAAUGGCAAUUGUCAGUGGAAAAUCAACUCUCAUCACUGUGGCAUUGGUGGCCAUGGCUGCCCAUCUUGGCAUGGCCCAGGUGGUGUCACCCAACUGUUGUCCCACCAAUGUCGAAGUUGUGCCCUCAUUCGAUUUGUCCAAAUAUUUGGGUUUAUGGUAUGAAUAUGCCAAAUAUCCUGUCUAUUUCGAGGCCGAUGGUGUUUGUAUAACCGCCGAAUAUUCAUUGUCAGCUGAUGGCAGUGUGGGUGUUAAAAAUAGCCAAGUGAAUGGAACAACUGGCCAGCCAGAAGAUAUUCUGGGCACUGCAAGUGUUGUUUCCAAUGCUAAAUUGUUGGUGAAAUUCCCUGUUAGCCCCGCCUUUGAUGUUUCUAGCAAUUAUUGGGUUCUUGAUACGGACUACAGCUCGUACAGCGUUGUCUACUCUUGCCAAGAGCUACCCAAUGCCCAAUCCUCAACCAUUGUUUGGAUUCUAACUCGCCAAAGAUUGCCAUCCGAACACACUGUACAGACAGCCUUGAACGUUCUUAAGAAAAAUGGAAUUUCCUUGGAUCCAUUGACUGUUACUAAUCAAGUUGCGUGCUGCAAUUAAAUCGUAGUGGAAUAACAGUCUCCCGCUAUGAUAAAGCCCAACUUAAAUGUGAUUAUAAAUUUGUUCAUUUAGUAGAACUAAUGUGAAAUAGUAAAUUUUGAAAUAAAAAUCAAAAAUAAAUUGAAAAGUGGUAUUGAAGAUAAUA